AUGAAAGGCUUGGUUUUGUGUUUGGGGUUGUUGGUUUUCAUGCUUACCGGUUUUGUUUCUCCUAUGAACAAUGAAGGGAAAGCGUUGAUGGAGAUAAAAGCCUCAUUCAGUAACGUGGCGAAUAUGCUUCUGGACUGGGAUGAUGUUCACAACAAUGACUUUUGUUCUUGGAAAGGUGUCUUGUGCGAUAACGUUAGCCUCUCCGUCGUCUCUCUUAAUCUGUCCUCACUGAAUCUUGGAGGGGAGAUUUCACCAGCGCUUGGAGAUCUCAGGAACUUGCAAUCAAUAGACUUGCAAGGAAAUAACUUGGGUGGUCAAAUUCCAGAUGAGAUUGGAAACUGUGCUUCUCUUGCUUAUGUGGAUUUCUCCACUAAUUCCUUGUUUGGAGACAUACCGUUUUCAAUCUCUAAACUCAAACAGCUGGAGUUUUUGAACCUAAAGAACAAUAAUCUUACAGGCCCAAUACCAGCAACCUUAACCCAGAUUCCUAAUCUUAAGACACUCGACCUUGCAAAAAACCAGCUCACUGGUGAGAUUCCGAGGUUACUCUACUGGAAUGAGGUUCUACAGUAUCUCGGUUUACGUGGGAAUAUGCUGACUGGGACAUUGUCUCCUGAUAUGUGUCAGCUCACGGGGUUGUGGUACUUUGACGUGAGAGGCAACAACCUAACUGGAACUAUCCCGGAUAGCAUUGGCAAUUGCACAAGCUUUGAGAUCCUGGAUGUGUCUUACAAUCAGCUAACUGGAGUAAUACCCUACAAUAUCGGUUUCCUCCAAGUAGCUACUCUGUCACUUCAAGGAAACAGGUUGACUGGUAAAAUUCCGGAAGUGAUUGGUCUGAUGCAGGCUCUUGCUGUUUUGGAUUUGAGUGACAAUGAACUAAUUGGGCCUAUCCCACCAAUACUUGGCAAUCUCUCAUUUACCGGAAAACUGUAUCUCCAUGGCAACAAGCUCACAGGACCAAUCCCACCCGAGCUUGGCAACAUGUCACGUCUCAGCUAUUUGCAACUCAAUGAUAAUGAACUAGUGGGAACCAUCCCACCUGAGCUUGGGAAAUUGUUGCAGUUGUUCGAACUGAAUCUCGCAGACAACCAUCUUGAAGGGCCGAUUCCAUCUAACAUUAGUUUAUGUGCUGCUUUGAAUCAGUUCAAUGUGCAUGGGAACUUCCUAAGUGGAUCGAUACCACAUGAUUUCAGGAAUCUUGGAAGCUUGACCUAUUUAAAUCUUUCAUCAAACAGUUUCAAGGACAAGAUACCUGCUGAGCUAGGCCAUAUAAUCAAUCUUGAUACCUUGGAUCUGUCUGGCAACAAUUUUUCAGGGUCGAUACCAUUGACACUUGGUGAUCUUGAGCAUCUCCUCAUCUUAAACUUGAGCGGAAACCAUCUCAGUGGGCCAUUGCCUGCAGAGUUUGGGAACCUCCGAAGCAUUCAGAUCAUCGAUGUAUCCUACAAUUUUCUCGCUGGUGUUAUUCCAACAGAACUUGGCCAGUUGCAGAACAUAAACUCUAUAAUACUGAACAACAACAAGAUUCAUGGAAAAAUUCCGGAUCAGCUUACGAAUUGCUUCAGUCUUGUCAAUCUGAACAUCUCCUUCAACAAUCUAUCUGGAAUAAUCCCACCUAUGAAGAACUUUACACGUUUUGCCCCGGCCAGUUUCUUUGGAAAUCCAUAUCUCUGCGGAGACUGGGUUGGAUCGAUCUGUGGGCCUUCUUUGCCAAAGCCACGAGUAUUCAACAGAAGUUCUGUGAUAUGUAUGGUUCUCGGUUUCAUUACUCUCAUAUGCAUGAUACUCAUUGCGGUCUACAAGUCAAAACAGCAGAAACAAGUCUUGAAAGGUUCUCCAAAACAGUCUGAAGGGUCAACGAAGCUGGUGAUUCUUCACAUGGACAUGGCUAUUCACACGUUUGAUGAUAUCAUGAGAGUUACUGAGAACCUCAGUGAGAAGUAUAUCAUUGGAUACGGCGCUUCUAGCACGGUUUACAAGUGCACCUCCAAAAGUUCCCGACCUAUUGCCAUUAAGCGAAUCUACAAUCAGCAUCCUCACAACGUGCGCGAGUUUGAGACAGAACUAGAAACCAUUGGAAGCAUCAGACACAGAAACAUUGUGAGCUUGCACGGCUACGCCUUGUCUCCCUUUGGCAACCUCCUCUUCUACGACUACAUGGAAAACGGCUCUCUUUGGGACCUUCUCCACGGGCCUGGGAAAAAAGUGAAGCUUGACUGGGAAACAAGGCUGAAGAUAGCGGUUGGAGCUGCGCAAGGACUUGCAUACCUUCACCAUGACUGCACUCCAAGGAUCAUCCACCGAGACAUCAAGUCCUCGAACAUACUUCUUGAUGGAAAUUUUGAAGCACGUUUGUCAGAUUUUGGGAUUGCCAAGAGCAUACCAGCCACCAAAACUUACGCUUCAACCUAUGUUCUUGGAACCAUCGGCUAUAUCGACCCAGAGUAUGCUCGUACUUCGCGUCUGAACGAGAAGUCUGAUAUCUACAGCUUCGGUAUCGUCCUUCUUGAGCUUCUGACUGGGAAGAAGGCUGUGGAUAACGAGGCUAACUUGCACCAAAUGAUACUGUCCAAGGCUGAUGAUAACACGGUGAUGGAAGCUGUUGAUGCAGAGGUGUCAGUGACGUGCGUGGACUCCGGGCACAUCAGGAAGACAUUUCAGCUGGCUCUCAUGUGCACCAAGCGAAACCCUUUGGAGAGACCCACAAUGCAGGAGGUCUCUAGAGUUCUGCUCUCUCUCCUCCCAUCUCCACCGCCAAAGAAGUUGCCUUCUCCACUGAAACUGCAAGAAGUUGAAGAUCGGCGUGAGAGCCACUCUUCGGACACAACAUCCCCAGAGUGGUUUGUUCAGUUCCGUGAAGCAAUCUCCAAAAGUAGCGUAUAA